ACAAAAAGAAAAAGGGAUCCAAGAAGGAAACCUCCACCAAUUAUUGGUGAUGAGUAGGAUUAAAAAGCUCCGGUGAGAAAAAAGGGGGCAAAAGUGUGUGUGUGUGUUUUCAAGAAUGGUGGCACAGUUGGGUGUCAUCUCCUCCACCUCUUCUUGUCAUCUCUUUCGUUCUUCACACCCAUUUUCGAUUCGUCUGCAAAAACCCAUGGCUAUGGCUACAGUGAGUACGGACCCGGUACGAGAAUGGAUUCUAUCUGAAGGAAAAGCAAGUCAGAUAACGGGGAUUAGUCCUGUUGGUGGUGGUUGCAUUAAUCUUGCUAGCCGAUACAAUACUGAUGCUGGUUCUUUCUUCGUUAAGACAAACAGGAGUAUUGGACCGGAGAUGUUCGAAGGAGAGGCGUUGGGGUUACGAGCGAUGUAUGAAACAAAAUCUAUUCGUGUUCCUCAACCAUUUAAGGUCGGUGCAUUGCCUACCGGAGGUUCGUAUAUCAUUAUGGAAUUCAUAGAAUUUGGUUCAUCGAGAGGUGAUCAGUCUUUGCUAGGAAGGAAGCUCGCGGAGAUGCAUAAAGCCACAAAAUCCGAAAAUGGUUUCGGGUUCCAUGUCGACAAUACCAUUGGCAGCACGCCACAGAUAAACACGUGGACGUCAGAUUGGAUCGAGUUUUACUCCGAGCAUCGAUUGACCUUUCAACUUAAGCUAGCACAACAACAAUAUGGUGAUUCGGCUAUAUACGAAAAAGGACAAAGACUAGUGAAAAAUCUUGGAGCUUUGUUUGAAGAUGUAACGAUCGAGCCUUGUUUAUUACAUGGCGACCUAUGGAGCGGGAAUAUCAGUUCCGACAAGAAUGGGGAGCCCGUUAUACUCGAUCCUGCUUGUUAUUAUGGACAUAAUGAAGCAGAAUUCGGAAUGUCAUGGUGUGCCGGUUUCGGAGGCUCGUUCUACAAUGCCUAUUUUGAGGUGAUGCCGAAGCAACCAGGGUUCGAGAAAAGACGAGAUGUUUAUUUGUUAUACCAUUACUUGAACCAUUACAAUCUCUUUGGUUCGGGUUACCGAUCAUCGGCUAUGUCCAUCAUUGACGAUUACCUUCGGAUGUUAAAAGCUUAGGAGACCAAAAUUCAAUGCGUUUUCUCAGUCUUUCAAACGUUUUAUGAUGUAUCUAUUCGUAUAAUAUGCAUGUAAUAUCGACUUACGCAUGUAAAUAUGUGUAUUGAUUAUGCCUAUGAUUACGAGUAACCGAGUGUUACCUAGAUAUAAGUUUGAUCAAGUAGAGUAAAACACGAUUUUCAUCCUA